AAGAGAACCCAUCCAAGUCUACAAUCAACAAACUACCUCACAUUACAUCACCUCCCAAACUCUCUCUCUCUCUCUCCAAAAAUGCCAAAGCUAAUCAUUCCCGACCUUUUCCUCCUCCUCCUCCUCCCUUUCUUCUCCACCAACAAUGUCCAAGCCACCACUUCACCGGCAGACAUCUCAGCCCUCAAGGCCUUCAAAGCCUCAAUCAAACCUUCCUCUAUACUACCCUGGUCCUGCUUAGCCUCCUGGAAUUUCAACACCGACCCAUGUGCCUUCCCUCGCCGCACCCACUUCACCUGCGGCCUCACCUGCUCCGCCGACUCGACCCGGAUCACCCAACUCGUUCUCGACCCGGCUGGCUACUCCGGCACUCUCACGCCGCUCAUAUCCCGCCUCUCCCACCUCACCACCCUCGACCUCUCUGAUAACUCCUUCUAUGGCGCUAUCCCUCCUUCCAUUUCCUCUCUCUUCAACCUCCAGACCCUCACUCUCCGAUCCAACUCGUUCUCCGGCGCAGUCCCUGCCUCCAUUACCGCCCUCAAAUCCCUCCAAUCCCUCGACAUUUCUCACAAUUCUUUAACUGGGUUGCUCCCAAACUCGAUGAACUCCCUCUCCAAUUUGAGACGACUCGAUCUGAGUUUCAACAAACUCAGUGGAUCGCUCACUAAACUCCCUCCAAACUUGCUAGAACUCGCUCUAAAGCACAAUUCCUUAUCUGGGUCGCUCUCAAAAUCGUCGUUUGAUGGAUUGUCUCAGCUGGAAGUGGUGGAGCUCAGUGAAAACGCCUUCACGGGGACGCUUCAAGGCUGGUUCUUUCUCCUGCCGUCACUUCAGCAGGUUGACUUGGCCAAUAACAGCUUGACACGUAUCGAGGUGUGGAAGCCCGCCGACAGCGGCAGCAACCUGGUGGCCGUUGAUUUGGGAUUCAACAGAAUCGAAGGCUACUUGCCUGUCAAUUUCGCUUCCCAUCCCCUGUUAUCGUCCCUAUCACUUCGUUACAACCGGCUACGUGGCACGAUCCCAAUGGAAUACAGCAAGACUAAAUUCCUGAAGAGGUUGUUUUUGGACGGUAAUUUCUUGAUCGGGAAGCCGCCGACGGGGUUAUUUACCGGUGGCACGUCAGUUUCCGGUAGCUUGGGUGACAAUUGCCUACAGGGGUGUCCAGCAUCCUCACAGCUGUGUGCACCCUCUCAGAAACCCAAUGCGAUUUGCAAGCAAGCCUAUGGUGGGAAAGGAAAACCGAGGUCGUAAUGUGUCAGAUUGUUUGUCAGACAUUUCUAUUUUUUACGCCGUAGAAUGAAUAAGAAAAUGUAUAAUGCUUUACAUCGAAGCAAUUUCAAAUGCUUAACAUUGAAGCAAGUUGUAGUAAAAAUUUGUAUAAAGUGAGCAAGAUGAAAGGGCACAUUAUAUAUUAUUAACAAUGUCAUAU